AAUUAAACCCACAUUGGCUAUUUCCACACUCAUGUCUUCAAAAUGAAGAAAUUCGUAAUCUGAAUUUGUUAAGGUGAAGCAGCGCGUUUUAGGAAUGUAAGGUUUGAAGAGGGAAAAUAAACGGAGGAAGCUACAUUUGAGGAAUUCACGUUCACAUCACCAUUUACAUCUCUCUGUCAAAAGGAAGCUAUAUAACAAGUCUCUGUUCUUAUUCAAGCUUCAAAUUAUGUUUGGAAACCGUACAGAUAAGUUACAAGACUCACUAAUACAACUCAGGAUCGCAGCAAAGCAAGUAAUGCGCUUCUCUGAAAAGGCAGCAAGGGAAUCUGAAGUCCAAAAGCAAAAACUAAAAAAGGCUUUAACAUCUGGAAAUAUUGAGUGUGGUAGAAUUUAUGCUGAAAAUGCUAUUAGAAAACAGAAAGAGUCCACUAAUUACCUCCGGAUGGCAUCUCGUUUUGAUGCUGUCCAGUCACGCGUACAAACUGCUCUCACAAUGAAUCAGGUGGUAAAAAAUAUUGGUUCUGUCACGAAUGAACUUGAAAAAGUUAUGCGCACCAUGGAUUUGGAGAAACUCGAAAAGGUCAUGAGUAAAUUCGAGUCUCAGUUUGAAGGUCUCGAUAUUCGUUCUUUAACUAUGGAAAAUUCCAUGAAAAAUAUAUUUACUCUUUCAGCUCCUGAGGAUGAGAUUAAUUCGUUGAUAAAACAGGUGGCAGAAGAAAACAGUCUUGAAGUUUCACACGCUAUUGCAGAUGCUCCUGUUGUUGGUGGUACACUUUCCGUUAAUUCAGAGUCAUCUAGGGAUGCUGAAGAUGACGCUCUUACAAGAAGGCUUGCUGCACUCCGUCAAUAAAACCUGUCAACUUCAAUGUUUUGUUGCUCCAUCUGGUCAAUAAUAAUUUAUUCUGAUUAUUUUUCAUCGUUAACAGGUUACUCACAAGCUCAUCUUUGUAUUUUUGCUCUUUCUAAACUUUACUUUGAAGGAUAUUUUCUCUUUGAAAUUAGUUGUACAAACCCAAAUGGACCUAUUUUGUUUCACUUCGCAAAACGUUUAUAAUAUGAUGCACCUUCAGAUUUCUUGCAGAUCCUUGAAGAAAUUAUAUAUUUUGUAUUGCUCGCUUAUCACUGAAAUGAUUUUGUGAAUAAAAUGUAGUAUAUGUCUAAUACAUUUACUAGUAUCAUUUAUUAAUUGUUACACUCAUUUAAUUUUACUUCCAGUGCAGUGUUUUGUUUUUCUAGUAGCGUUAUGUACAAACUAGCCCGACUGUGGUUAAUUAUCGUUGACCUAUUAAACAACCAGUUCGCUUAAAUUUCACUUUUUACUGUGUUUUAUGGCGUAAGUGAAACAUAUUUAAAAUGAGUAACGGCGUAAAAUCCUACUUGUUACAAUUACAUGUCUCUGUAAACUUAGUUAUUUACGUAAGUGAAGACAAUUUCAAACUUGAAGUGUAUCUCGGUGUCAUUUUUAGUUUUUAGGUAUUCUAAAGUCAUGUCAUACAUAUUGUGUUUACUGACAUGAGUCUAGGUUGUUCUGAAAAUAAUAAAUACAUGGAAAACUUAUAUCUUGGGAAGCUUCUUUUCGAAAUUUAUCAGUUUCAACGCUGUGUAAAUUGUGAUUAAAAGGUGCAAAGUAGUGUAAUUAUAAUUUUGCUUGCAUAUUGAGUAUUAUUGUACUUCCCACUUGACCCAACCCUCUAAGCAGCCUCUUCUGAAAGCACGGAUCAUCACUGAGAUAGGAGGCUGUCAACGAUAACGAAGCACCAAUUUAGAGAGCUACUGAUUGUGGCUCUGAGUCUUCUUGGUUGGUGACUGCGCGGUUAUCGUAACCAGUAGUUGAUAUUGCUCAAAAUCAAUUUCAAUGGCACAUGUGCGUUCCUUUUUCGCAAUACACAUCUUGAGUUUGAAAAUUGUCUCAUAAUUUCCUAUUCCACGAGUUCAUUUUUUAAUCAUUUAGUCUAUUUCCAAUCUUUUCUACUAUCAGCGAUAUUACUACUUUUAUCUUGAUAAUUUCAUCGCUGUGUAUUGAUGUGGUGUUGCAACUCGAACUAAAGUACAUAUGUGCCCAGUCCUACGUUACUGAUUGACUGGUGGAUGGAUUGAGUAUAGAAGUGAAAGAUCUCUAUACUCAUAGGAAUAAUAGCCAACGCUUUCAACUAUGACGACUAAUAGGUAAGAAAGUGUAUACUAGUGGAAAGCUAAGCAC